AUGUUUGGGCAGACGUCAGUGGUCAGUACAGGGGUCAGGCUCUGGCCAUUCAAUGUUAAGGGACCUGGAAUGACUGGGGAUCAGGUGUUUCACUUGAACUAA